AUGCAGCGGGCACUCCGAAUUCGACAGACAACGAGAGUGAGUAUCAACCACCUGGGGGCAGCCAACCUGGGCGAGCAGAGCCCAGCGAAUAGGAGGUCCGCUCUCCAGUUCAGGCGUACUCCAUCGGUUCUGCCGACCGGCCUUGCUUUAACCAAACUCCGUCACGAGCGUUCGAUGCUGGUGGCUCGCAGCAGCUUCUUCCUGCGAGGCUAUAACACGUCGCGCGGUCGAUUAAUGCCAGUCGCCUAG